UAAACGCGCGAACAUGGAAUACCUAUUAAUGGUAUUUAAAAAAUUUAACUUGUUUUACUUUUAUCAGUUAGAUGAAUUUAAAUAAAUAGUUUGAAAUAAUUUCUACUUCAUGAGGGAUGCAUGCAUUAUUUGUUUAUAUUUUUCCGACAAAACUGUAUUCAGUUUUUAAAAAUGCUGCAAAAUUCAAAUCUUUCAAAAGCUGACCAAAUCAACAAAAAUUCAAGUAAAAAAAGGAAUCUAGGGAUCAAUAGAAGAAGCCGUUUUUCGCUAAAUAAAUCUUUUAACACAAAUCAUGAUUUUAUUGAAAAUAGUUCACUAACUAAGAUUAGCUCACAAAGUAACAAUAACAAUUAUGAAACCACUCUUACCAGAACUACUGCUAAUAAUAACACUUCCAUAAAAAAAAAAACAGGAAAAUCAUUAAUGAAUAUUAAUGUAACUUCUAAUAAAGACCAUGAUAAAAGUAUGAAACUUGAGGAGUAUAAUUUUGAUGAUACGUUAUGUGAUAUACCUUAUGAAAUUUUUGAUAAAAAUGAUGUUACAUUAUGCAUUGAACAAAGUCAGUUAAAAUCAAAUUGUAUUGAUGGAGAAAGUGAUGAAAGCUGUUCUGAUAUUAUCCCAGAGACACCAAAUCAAACUAUUAGUACUCAUGAUCAAUGUUUUUCAUCAACGCCACUUUUUUUAAUGAAUGAACCUAACUUUGAGGCUACCAUAAUCAGUUCUCAGAAAAAUUUAUUGGAAAAUCUUAAUGAUUCUAAUGAAAAAAUAUUAGCAUGUUUAAAUGUUACUGAACUUUCAUCCUCUGCUAAUUCCAACAAUGAACAAUCCAAUAAUGAUACAUUUUACGAUUUACCAAUUGGAGUUAGGGAUUACUUGUUUCAAAUACGAGGAAUCAAAAGUUUAUAUAGUUGGCAAAAACAUUGUCUAAAACUUUCUGCUGUCAGAAAGCGUAAAAAUCUUAUUUAUUCUUUACCAACAAGUGGUGGAAAAACAUUAGUUGCAGAGUUGUUAAUUAUGAAAGAAAUUCUUAAACAAAAAAAAAAUGCAAUAUUUGUUUUGCCUUAUGUUUCAAUUGUACAAGAAAAAGUUCGUGAGUUAUCGCCAUUUGCUGUUGAGUUUAAUUUUCAUGUGGAGGAAUAUGCAGCAAGCAGAGGUAUCUUACCUCCAAGAAAAAGAAGGAAAAAAAAUUCAGUAUACAUUGCAACCAUUGAAAAAGCCAAUGCAAUUGUAAACAGCUUAGUUGAGCUCAACCGUGAAGAUGAACUUGGAAUGAUUGUUAUUGAUGAGCUGCAUAUGAUAGGAGAGGGAGGAGGCAGAGGGGCUCUUCUUGAAAUUUUAAUUUCAAAGGUUCUUUAUAAAUUUUUGCAUGUACAAGUUAUUGGAAUGAGUGCAACCUUUGGAAAUAUUGAAGAGUUAAAAACAUUUCUUAAUGCAGAACUUUAUAUCAAUGAUUUUCGACCGGUGGAGUUAAUUGAGUAUGUAAAAAUGGAUGACACAUUGUAUGAGAUAAAUAAAAACUCAGAAGAAUUGUAUAGAAAAGUCCGCACAGUUACACAUAUUCAAAACAUUUCAUCAGCGUUAAAGGCAGGUGAUCCAGAUCAUAUCCUAACAUUGGUACUAGAAGUCAUACCUCAAAACUCCUGUUUGAUAUUUUGUUCAACUAAGAAAAACUGUGAAAGCGUUGCUUUAAUGUUAGCAAAAUCAAUGCCCAAAGAACUAAUGGUAAAUAAAAAAGAAGAACGCCAGCAGCUACUUGAUCUUUUAAAAAGUACAAUUAGUGGUGUGUGUUUUACACUAAAGUCAACAAUUGCUUUUGGUAUUGCUUAUCAUCAUAGUGGAUUGACAAUGGAUGAACGAAAACUUAUAGAAGAAGCAUAUUCCUCUGGUGUUUUAUGUCUUUUAUGUUGCACAUCUACGCUUGCUGCUGGUGUAAAUUUGCCAGCUAAAAGAGUAAUUUUACGUUCUCCAUAUAUUGGAAAUGCAUUUUUAAUGAAAAGUCAGUACAAACAAAUGGUAGGGAGAGCUGGGAGAGCAGGUAUUGACACAUCUGGUGAAAGUAUUAUAAUUCUUCAACAGAAAGAUAAAGUUAAAGCACGUGAACUUUUAGAAGGACCAAUUGGAAGUUGUAAAAGUAGUUUGUCAUAUCAAGAUGGGAAAGGCUUCAGACACUUAAUAUUGACUCUAUUAGGGCUAAAGAUUUGUAUGUGUCUUAACACCAUGGAAUCAUUUUUUAAGAAAACUCUUCAUUAUAUACAACUUGAUGAUUCUAAAAAAUCUACGCUUUUAGAUGAUAUUUCUAGAGAAAUUAAUCAUUUGGUAAAAAUUAAUAUGCUUGUCAUUAUUGAUGGAGAAGAAAAUGAAGACAUUCAGUUAACUUCUUUAGGUCAAGCAACAUACAAAGGUUGCAUGGAUAUUGAUAAGACUCCCUUUAUUUAUGAACAAUUAAAGCAUGCUCUUUCUGGAAUGGUUCUUGCUAAUGAACUACACCUCUUGUAUUUAGCUACUCCUGUUGAUCAUGUUGAAAAUUUAUAUUUAAAAUGGAUGCUUUAUUAUAAUCAGGUAAAUAAGCUUAAUCCAAUCAAUCUGAAAACAGCUGAGUUUGUUGGAGUAACAGAAAGUGUACUUAGUAAAAAGGCUGCUGGUAAAAGAUGUAGCAAGGACUCAUUUGAUGAGUUCAUUUACAAGCGAUUUUUUUUGGCUUUGCUAUUAUUUGAACUUUUAAAAAAGAAAUCUGUACUGCAAGUUUCUGAAACUUAUGAGAUUUCUCGUGGUUUUCUUCAGAAUCUUCUUGUCUCAUCAAUAUCAUACACCUCACUGUUGAUACAUUUUACUGCUGAAAUAAGCGAGUUUUGGGUGUAUAAAAUUUUGUUUCAAGCUCUCCUUGAGCGACUCUCAAACACAAGCAGCAUUGAAUUAGCACCGUUACUAGAGAUUCCUGGAAUUAAAGAGGCACGUGCACAUCAGUUAUUUAAGUGUGGAUAUCGGACUUUACAGCAUCUGGCUUCUGUAAAUCCAGAGAAACUAUCUGCUGAUAUUAAAAACUUACCACGAAACCAGGCAAGGUUGAUUACUACUUCAGCUAAGAUGAUUUUACAAGAAAAAAUUGAGUCGUUGCGUGAAGAAGCCGAUGAAAUAGCUGCGUUGCCUUUAAUAUGAAACCGAAAAUUUAAGUUAAAAAAGAAAAUUUUUAGUAUAUGUUAGAUUGCUAAACUUAUUUAUAUGUUUUAUUUAACGUAACAGUUUAUAUAAUCGGAGAAUGUAAAGUGCUUUUAAAUAUUAUUUAUCAAUUGUAAAAGGUUUGCAGGUUCUUUUCAUCACAACACAUUAAAACAAUAGAUUAGUAAUGGUAAUUUCAUAAAACGAUCAAAAUAGAUUUAACGAUAAAUAACAUCAUUUCUUUUUAA